GUGCAGACCACUCUUGUUCCAUCAACGAUGUCUGUGAACCGACCAGUCGAUACACAAAGAAAUGUGUCACUACAUAUUGUCCGUCUCCUCCAGCUGUUACAAACGCCACGGCUAACUUCACGACAAGCCACGAGACGACCAAAGUCGGAAGUCGUCUGUCGUACACGUGUGACGUCAACUUCCACCCAGUGGGUAACAGAACCUGUCUCCCAGACGGAACGUGGUCCAACUUCACAUGUGAACCGGACCCUGCAUGUCCCGCGUUCUGCGACACAACACGCAACAAGUGCUACACCGUGCAUUACGAAGACACAAAGUCGUGGACUGAUGCCCUAGCAACGUGCUCCAACAAUGGAUCUCUGGUGGACAUAAAAACCAAACAAG